GUCACUUCAAGUAAGAUACAAGAAAAAUGGAUAAAAGAUGGAGUCUUCAAGGUAUGACUGCUCUUGUGACCGGUGGCACUAAAGGAAUCGGGGAAGCUGUGGUGGAAGAACUAUCAAUGUUGGGAGCAAGAGUCCACACAUGUGCCAGAGACGAGACUCAGCUUCAAGAACGUUUGCGUGAAUGGCAAGGAAAAGGGUUUCAGGUCACCACAUCUGUCUGCGACGUUUCUUUGCGUGACCAACGAGAGAAACUCAUCGAAACCGUUUCCUCUCUCUUCCAAGGAAAACUCAAUAUCCUCGUAAACAAUGCAGGAACGUUUAUACUUAAGCCGACCACAGAGUAUACAGCAGAAGAAUUCUCGUUUAUAAUGGCUACAAAUCUCGAGUCAGCUUUCCAUAUUUCACAGCUAGCGCACCCUUUGUUGAAAGCCUCUGGCUCAGGGAGCAUUGUGCUCAUGUCCUCAAUAGCCGGAGUCGUGCAUGUCAGUGUUGGAUCCAUCUAUGGAGCAACCAAAGGAGCCAUGAAUCAGCUGGCUAGAAACUUAGCUUGCGAAUGGGCAAGCGACAACAUAAGAACUAACGCUAUUUGUCCAGGGGUAAUCAAAACUCCUUUGAUUAGUGAUCUUCUCAGUGAUAAAGAGAUUAAAAAAGAAGCAGAGCAACGGAUACCGAUGGGGCGCGUUGGAGAAGCAAAUGAAGUUUCAUCGCUUGUGGCAUUUCUCUGUCUUCCUGCAGCUUCUUAUAUUACAGGUCAAACCAUUUGUGUUGAUGGAGGUCUCACUGUUAAUGGCUUCUCCUAUCAGCCACAGGCUUGAGCUAGCUAGGUCUUAUGUUGUGUGUGUUGUCCAAUGAAAACAGUUAAGAAUAAAAAUAGCAUCGGUGC